AAAGAGAGCUUUUUUUGUGCUUUAAAUACUUAACAACUUCCACGAGGGGCAUUUAGCAUGUUUGCAAAUUCAUGCCGCUGGUUAAGUUUCUACACACAUAGUUUUGACUAUUAUGUGUUGUUUAGAACAAACAACCCUCGCUCCAUUUUCUUCUUUCAAGAAGAUGUUGAAAUAUCGGUGCCGUUCAAGUUGCUAAGAGUUUUGGCUUUUGUUCCAUCUUCAUUUCUUCAAAGAGUGCCAACACACUUAAAGGAUUUAAUGUUUUUGAGAUAUCUAUUUGUAACAGAAUGGUUUGAGGGUCUUGAUUGUGUAGUGUCAACCAAUAGAGACUUGCAGACACUUGUUGUUUCAAGUAAAGAAUCCCAACCUGGAGCACCCACUCUCCAUUUGCCUUGUACAAUUUGGGAGUCGCCACGGUUACAACAUCUUGAACUUGGCAAUUCGUAUGUGAUUGAUCCUCCAAGUGUGGUUAAAGAUAACAUGCAAACAUUGUCUUGGGUGAAUCCAUCUCAUUGCAGAAAGGAAGUGUAUUACAGAUUUCCAAACAUUAAAAAAUUAAAAAUUUUCUGCAAAGAAGACUUGGAACCUAGUCAUGAGACUGGUAGAUCUUGCAACAAUCCCAUUAUUCUGGAUAAUCUUGACUAUUUGGUAAGGCUAGAGACGUUAUCAAUUUUAGUUUCAGCAGGCUGUGCUGUUACUCGUCCAGAACAACCCAUAUUUCCUUUACAAUUUAAGAAGUUGAGGCUGAAUGGCACUAAUUUUUGCAAGAGGGAUUUAGCUUUAAUUGGAAUGUUGCCUCAACUUGAGGUCCUCAAGUUAGAAAAUGCUUUCCAUGAGAAAAUAUGGAAAGUAGAUGAAGGAGGAUUUCGUCAGCUAAAAUUCUUGCUCCUUGAAGCAAAACAGCUUGAGCAGUGGAUAGUCAAUAGGAUUCGUUCCUAUAUCUUGAGCGUUUAGUUCUAAAAUUUUGUUAUCAUUUGAAGAAUAUCCCUAUGGAGAUUCCAUAUAUUGGCACCGUGAAAUCAAUUGAGUUGCAACAAUGUGGCCGUUCUGUCGUCGCUUCUGCCAAGGAUAUUCAAGAAUCCAAGUACUUAAGCCGAAACGGUAAUUUGAAGAUCAAAAUUGAAGGAUGUGAAUAUGAUGAAUCAUAGUGCGCAUACGCAUAGAAGUUACUGGGAGGAAUAUCUCAAAGUAUCCAGUCCAAUGGUGAAUUACAAGCUAAGGAAGAUCAAGUUGAAGAUGAUAGAUGACUUUUUUUUUUUUUUUUU